ACCCCUAUUAGUCAAAAAUGAGGAAACCCAUUAUUCCACUCUUCUUUCUUGUCGCCGUAACGGCGUGGGCCGUUACUGCCACGGAGCAGUCAAAGAACAUCAGGCAGGUGGUGGAAAUCCACCGCCUGCGGCCGCAGACGGGGUCCGCCGGCCACCGCGUCCCGCAGAUCGACUGCCUGAGCUGGCGUCUCGGGGUGGAGACAAACAAUAUCCGUGACUGGAAACUUGUCCCGUCCGAGUGCGAAAACUACGUGGGUCACUACAUGCUCGGCCAGCAGUACCGGGACGACUGCGAGGUAGUCGCCGAAGCCGCCAUCGAGUACGCCAACGGCCUCACGCUCUCCGGCGACGGCAAGGACAUUUGGGUCUUUGACAUUGACGAGACUACCCUCUCUAACUUGCCUUACUAUGCUCGCUCCGACGUAGCUUUCGGGGCUGUACCUUAUAACGAUACCAAGUUUGACGAAUGGGUGAACGAGGGGAAAGCGCCGGCGAUUCCGGCGAGUCUCCGGUUGUAUAACACGGUACUCUCUUUGGGGAUUAAACCCGUUUUCCUAACCGGAACAAAAGAAGCAUUCCGAGAAGUUAGAACCGCUAAUCUGAAGGAAGCUGGUUACUAUAACUGGGAAAAGCUAAUCCUCAAGGGAGUGAAUGAUACAGGGUCGGCUGUGGAGUACAAGUCCGGUAAGAGGACGGAGCUGGUGAACGCCGGAUAUAAAAUUGUGGGGAACAUCGGAGACCAGUGGAGUGAUCUUCUCGGAGUGGACGUCGGAGAUCGGACGUUUAAGCUGCCGGAUCCAAUGUACUACAUUGGUUGAAUGGAUUAUUCUGAUCUGAUCUUGGGCACCAGUUCAUAUGCCAUAAAUAAUUAAAUGUACUGUGUUACUUAUUUUAUCUACUGCGUAAAGACAACGAAAGUCGGUCCAAUCCUAUUGUGUUUUUAUGACGUGGAACUUGCCAAUUCGAUUGUCCGACUCCAAAUAAUUGUAACCAAUUCAAUGUACGUUUUUCCGAUGAAGCCAUAUGGCAUAACGAACUUUCAAUA